GAUACAGUGUAGGAGAUCGAGGUGUUAGACUGUACAGCGCUUUACCUGUGAGACCUGACCCUGAGGGAAAACGACUGCCCUCUGUAGGGUUUGAUGGUGACAAUAUGUACAUGAGUGAGAACAACCAAGAGUUUCUCUCCCCGAGUCAGCAGAAUUACUCAGGUCAGGGAGGGGGGACCGGGAAUGGAGGUGGUGGAGGUGAUGAGGAUUAUGAGAUUCCCCCUAUAACCCCUCCAAAUCACCCUGAGCCGCCUCUACUGCACCUGAUGGACCCUGAGUCUGGUUACCUGUGUCACUCUCUGCCUCACAACGGUCUGAUCAAUCCGUACUCUUACCCCGAGCUGCCCGCCCUGAUGAUGUCCAACAUGCUCGCCCAGGACGGCCACCUGCUGUCCAGUCAGAUGCCCUCGAUCACGGGUGAGAAGAGGCCUUCCUCUGACAUGAUGAAGCCCAAACCCAAACCUCAGAAGAAGAAGAAGAAGAAGGACCCCAAUGAACCACAGAAGCCCGUGUCAGCAUACGCACUGUUCUUCAGGGAUACACAGGCUGCCAUUAAAGGCCAAAACCCCAACGCAACCUUUGGAGACGUUUCCAAGAUUGUGGCAUCAAUGUGGGACAGUCUGGGAGAAGAACAGAAACAAGCAUAUAAGAGGAAAACAGAAGCAGCCAAGAAGGAGUACCUGAAGGCCCUGGCGGCGUACCGAGCCAGCCUGGUUUCCAAGAGCUACAAUGACCCAGUGGAGAGUAAAAGCUCUCAAUCGAGCCAACCUUCUCACAUGAUGCCCCCAAAUCCUUCUCUGUACAGCGUCCCACCUCAGCCCUCCUCCCCGUACCUGAGCCCCGGUCCCUUCCCUUUGUCAGACCUCCAGAGUUACGCCACAGGAGCUCCCAGACACGGCCUGUCCCGAUCGGCCAUGCUGCCCUCGCUCAGUGCCUCGCCACCGGCAUCGUUUCAGAUCAGCCCUCCUCUUCAUCAGCAGCUCUCUCUGCAUCAGGGCUCCCUCCUCAACCAGCCAAUCCGCAUGCAACAGGUUCAGUCACAGCCAAUCAUCUCUCACCAGAUGGGUCUCCAGGCUCCGCUCCACUCCCCGCCUCCAGGACAGCAGGGAUUUUCUCACUUACAGUCCGAGUAUCAGAAAAGUGUGGGGGGAUCUCAGUCUCCAGGAGCUCCGAAUCCAGGGGGUCAGAACCAGGACUGGGACAGCGAAUACUGUAACCGGGAAUGUGGUGGAAACCACUGCAGUGGCAGUAUGAUAGGCAGGGACAAGCCGCUCUACCUCACUUGAAACAAAACAAGGAGACCAGAUGAACCAACACCAGGGAGUCCCAACCACCCCUCCCAAAUACCAUCAGUUUAACCUCAGUGUCAUUUUUCAUUCGUUUUUAGAGGGAUGUGUGUGUGCGCGUGUGUGUGUGUGUUCUGAGACUACUAGCGAUUCUUUCAUUUUUGCCGAGCACUUAUAAUGUACAGGCGUCUCUGUCAGAGACCUGCAGGAGCACACAAUCUGUCUCUGAAUACUGUUAACAGAAAAAAGACAAAAAAACAGAUGUAUAUAACAAAAAAGAAUGGCAAAAAAAUAGCAAACUACCAUUAAAGUGGCCCUCAGGGCAACAUGAGCUUUAAUUCAAACAGAGGACAAACUUUUCUCAUACUUUCUCUGUUACUUGUCUCGGUUUCAUUUUUAUCGUCGUUUUAUUUAUUUUCUGCUUGCAACAUUGCGCUUUUUUGUCCGAAAACAGGCUAUUUUAUUUCGAUGACGAUGCUCACCUGCUCACGAUGCUCUGUGAAUUUUUGGUAGAAAGGGCAAAAAAUAUAGAAAGAAGUAAAAAAGCGAAAACCGAUAACUUCUUUUGUAAUUUUAAAGACCCUGUCGGUCUUUACCGCUCUGUCACAGUGUGAUUGUAAAUAUCACUUUUUUGAGGGUCAGAUUUGGAAGAUGAAGUCUAGAUAUUUUUUCUUCUUUAAUAUGACUUAUAAUUCAUUGAUUUGUAUUUCAAAGGGUAUUUUGUGAAUGGGUGCCAGCGUGAAUGCGUGUGAAUGGGUGAAUGUGUUUGUGUAGCUGAACAGCCUGUGAUAUCAGAAGUGUUUUCACACGUACACAAUCUUGCAUUAAAAUCUGUGUGCACUGCUGAGAGAAAGAGAGAGAGAGAGAGAGGAAGAUCAAUGACAAAAGCCAUGACAAACUGCAUGACCCGGCUCUCCAUUUCAUCAGGCGUGUGGGAACCUCGAUUUCAGACUGACAUCACAGACGUAACGUUUUCCCAAUAGUGCUCACAACCAUCAGUUAAUUUACUCUCAGGUUAUAAACAUGACCACACAAAAAAGCAUCUUCAAACUUUACGUGAGUGCACGAUUGUCAACGCACUAUUAAACUGGAUGGAUCAAGUAGCUUUAAACAAACUAACGGGUUAACUAACUUUUCUUUGAACCUCUCAAACACAUUUUGCAAUGACACGGGACGUCGAGCACACACAACCGGACGCGUCUGCAUUCACAAACUUGUGCACAUUUUCAGGUCCUACUGUAUGGAGAGGUUUUGGGGGUCAUGUGUUUUGCCUGAGGUUAAAUCCAUCAAUAUAAGAUGAUGUAAAGAGGAACGAUGAUGUUCUGGAUGUGAGAUAUUACAGCACACAGUUAAACAACAGUGGGUCGAUAGUUUUCUAGUAGCUUUUGCUAGAUGUUUUAUUGUGUUGAUUUCAUCUUUUAAGUUCUGUGGGAAUAAACGAAAAUACAUUCGAUCAUUUAGUCAAGCGUUUUAUUUGAAUCUUUAUUUUCUACUGUAGCAUAUUAUUUUUUAGUUGAAUAAAAGAAUAACUUCUAAGACUUUUAAUUUGUGUACAAACCUGCCAAUUGUAGUUAUUUUAUUUGUAAAGUCAGCAAUGAUAAUUAUUUGAAAAAUGUUAUCAGCCCAUCAGUUAAUAUUUAAUAAUGUUUAACAGGUUUCUAUUUAUGAACAAAAUGAGAUCGGUUUUGCUUAUAACUACGAUAUUUGAAUUCUAUCGUUUUGUUCUUUUCGUUGUUGUUGUUUGUUUUGUUUUUUAUGAUGAUGAUGAUGAAGAUGAAGACAAUUGCUAUUUUUUAUUUACUUUUUGAAUGCUGGUUUAUUCUUUCAUUACCAGCCAGGUCAUUUUUGUGUCACUUUGCCUUUUUGUUUCUUUUUGUCCGUAAUAAAAACGUUAAAUGAGA